AUGAUUUCGCUCCUAGAUCUACCUGUUGAGAUCGUGCUGCUUAUAAUCGACUCCCUCUUCUCCCACACCGCAACAGAAUCGAGCAACAAUGACGCUUCUACCACAACCCAAAAAGACUUAAACUCGCUUUCACAAACAAACAAAUGGCUAUAUGAACGGUUGGAAACCCGAUUGUACAAGUUCAAUGCACAACAUUGUGGCCAAACAUCAUUGGCAUUCGGCGCCUACGGCGGCUAUGACACUGUCGUUCAAAGGUCUCUGGCAGUAGACUCGUCAAACAUAACCAGAGAUUUGAGGUUUCCAACACGAGACUGUCAAGUCUUCCAUUCUCCACUUUGCUGGGCAGUUCAAGGGGGUCAUGUCUCUAUGAUCAAUACACUUCUUCAAUCUGGCGCUGAUAUUCAUGGGGAAUGUUCCCACCAUCGCUGUGAUGCGCAGCUUCUUGGUCAGGCCGCAAGGAAUGGCCAUUUGGAUAUGAUGAAAGAUCUUGUGCGAAGAGGCCUCCGUCCAGAAAUCAUGUGGGAAACCAAUUUCGCAAAUUUGAUAAAUGACCAGCCAGCGCGCAAAGCCACUCUCCGUCUGGCUGCUGAGGGUGGCCAUAUACCGUGUGUGGAUUACACUCUGGCUAUGGGAGAGUAUGAGAAUCUCACAUGCAAACAAUACAUGCAUAAAAUAGCGCUGAUUGUGCCUGCCACAGUGGCAAACGGCCAUAUAGAGUGUGCCCUGUUUUUGCUAAGUCGCAGCGGUAUCCUUGAGAGAACUGGUUUCUGUAAUUGUGGUGGCAAGCCUGCUAGGUCUCUAGCUUCGGAUAUUCCCAAACUGACUAUGGUACUGGAAGAUCCAUGCGCGAUGGAGAAGUAUGGCCCUAUGCUUCUUUACCUAGGAGCUGCUACUGGUUGUCUACCCCUGGUUGAAGGGAUGGUUCGAUUGGGUGUCCAUGUUGAUACAAGAUUUCGCGGGGGCAACACGCCGCUAUGUCUUGCAGUAAUAGAAGAUCGAGCACCCGAAGAAGUAAAGAAGCUGUUGGAGCUAGGCGCCGGAAUCAACGUGGGGAACUCGCAGAAUCAGACACCGCUCUACCUUGCAACUCUACUCCGGCUCAAGGGAGUUAUGAAGAUGCUCCUGGAUGAAGGUGCCGAUACUGAAGCACGCGGGACUCGAUCCAGGAUUGCUCAAACACCGCUUUGCCUCGCUGUUGCCAACUUUGGGGCUCCCCUGUCGAAUACAAACUACUCGAGACGCCCUAGCCGCUCUCCCAGCAACGAGAUUGUGUCAUUGUUGCUGGACAAUGGGGCUAACCCCGACUAUGCAGAUCCAGAGUUUGGAAUCACUCCUCUCUGGCUUGCUGUUCGGGGAAACAGCACGCUUCAGCCGUUUAGUAGGGAUGAUCUUGUGCGGUUACUUCUUGAGAAGGGCGCAGAUCCGAAACUAGCAUCGCGAAAUCAGUCAAUCUUGUUCUGGGCUGUAUCGCACUGUCACUACGAUACUAUCAAGGUACUUCUUGAUUGCGGUGCCAAUCCUAAUGACUAUGCGCGCAAUUUCGAUGGCUCAAAAACCCACCGCUCAGGGGCACCGCUCUCGCCCCUGGCGAAGGCUAUGAAGCUGAAACAUUAUGGAACGGCUGAGCUUUUGCUUGAUUACGGGGCAGAUCCUCUUGUUUCGCAUUGGAAGGAGGAGACGUCAAUACUUCAUGCGACCAGAUCAAUGAACUGUUCGUUCAUCGAAAAGAUGAUUGCCAAGGGCCUAGAUGUGAAUGAGUCUGUGAUGGGCCAGACACCUCUCCAUAUGGCUGUCUGGCAAGGUAACGCUGAAGUGGCGGAACUACUGCUUCGUCGGGGAGCAGAUCCAAACCUCACCGUUGGGGGAACCUCGCGCUAUUCAUCAAAGUCAAUUUUGUGGUGGGUUUUCUAUGGUUCUUACCCAAGUGGUGCAGCUAUGGUAGAGUUGCUAUGUGCGUAUGGUGCCAGGGAGCUAUAUGAUACUAAUGUUUACACGGACGGACUCGCACCGAAAUUUGUUCCUCCAGUCUCGGGAUACCUAUAA